AUGGCACCUAUCAAUGUAACAUCUUCUAAUGAAAAAUCUUUGCUAAAUACUGUGUACAACCAUCUUAAGAUAUACAAACCAUCCCAUUUACGUGUUGGAGAUCAUGUACGUAUCAGUAAAUAUAAAAAUAUAUUCGAAAAAGGAUAUACUCCCAACUGGACUACAGAAAUAUUUACGAUACGAUCUAUACAAAACACCAAUCCUCCAACAUAUAUAUUAGAGGACUAUGAAGGAAAUCCAAUAAAAGGAGGAUUUUACAAGGAGGAAAUUUUACGCACAAGUUAUCCUAAUUCAUAUCUGAUUGAAAAAGUCUUGAAAACCAAGGCCAACAAAGUUUAUGUAAAAUGGUUGGGCUUUUCAAAUCAACAUAAUUCAUGGAUAAAUAAAAAUGAUUUAUUGUAA